AUGAAGCCUGGAAAGAAGCUGAUUUGGUUCGAGCCCAAGAGCUCCUCCCGAAACUUUGAGGUGAUGCACCAGGGCCACUUCUGUGGACUCGACGGUCCCCGGGCCGCAUUCGCUGUGCACUCUCCCCUCCCGGGCUUCCGCAUCGAUCGCUUCUCUGCCUAUGGGACUGGGGAGGAAGAGGUGCUCUUUCCCCCACUGACUGUGCUCGAGGUUGUUGACAGCCAGAAGUGGAAUCAAGAGAAGAAGCAGGGUUUUCCGGACGACGUGGUGCUGAAGCAGGUGGAAUCGAAGAUCCUCAACCUGGAGCUCUUCCCAGGUUUCGCUCAGGUCGCAGCUCCGGUGGCCGCCACCACUGCGAUGAGUAGCGUGGUGCCGGCAGCUGCAGAACCCACGCAGAAUGGACCCAGUCCCGCACACGCCCAAUUAGCAAGAGCUUGGCGGCAGACCGGCAGGAGACGAUUGUUCAGCCGCUCCACGUCCGGGCCAGUGACAGAUGUAGCGACUCCGCAAAGCGCUUCGUGGCGAAUCAUUCUCCAUCGGCCUCCUUCGUGCAGCCGCUCACGGACUUCCUAA